GUAACGCAUGACAUGAGUCAUCUAAAAAAAGCAUGUCUUUGAAUAGCAGUCUCAUGUUAUAAGAUUUUUCUUUGCUUAUAAAUUAGAUCUCAAAGUUACUAAAGUGUUCUUUAAUCUAUUCUAUCCAGUGUUGUGAUUUCCCAACAAAAAUAAAGCAAUGAAGGUCUUCAUUCGCCUUGUUGUAUUCUUUCUCCUCCUCAAUGGUUUCAUGGCCAAUAGAGUAGCAGAUUCUCUUAUUCAAAAAUCUUGCAAGGAAAAUUCAAGAAUAUAUGCGGAACCAUACACCUACAAAUUUUGUAUUACAUCUAUCAAAGAGAAUCCAGAGAGCCAAAAAGUAAGAAAUGUAGAUGAACUGACUGUGGUAUGUACGAAUAGCGCAAUAUCAAACCUAACAAAAGUGAAAGGAAUUGUAGAGAAUAUUUUAAACGAGAAAAAGUAUAAGAAUAAGUUGAGUCAUACGUUCUUACGGGAGUGCCUCAAGCUUUAUUCUGAGGGCUAUGAGUUGUUAAUCUCAGCUAUGAAAUACCUCAAAACACGGGAUUACGAGAAAUUUAUAGGAAAUAUGGAUAUGGCAAAAGGUAAACCAAAGGCUUGUGAAAUGAAAUUCAACGAUGACAAUCACCAAAUAUCUCCGGUGAAGAAAGAGAACAUCGUUCUCUUCGACAUGAUCAACAUUCCCUAUUAUUUUUGUUUCAAUGCUCAUAUUAACGGCUAGGUUGUAGCAAAGCAAUUGGUUACACUGUAACGUUUAAUGAAUAUAGUGCUGCACAGAACUAGUAGUCCAAUAUUUUUGGAUGUGUCUAUUUCAUGUAGUUUUUUGUUAAUGUAGAAAAUGUCUAUUUCCUCCCCAUCCCCCAAUUUUGCCCAAUCUUCUCUAUUUACUAUAUAAAACUUGAGUUUCCUCUCUCUUCUGAGGCCAUCUACGUCAUCUUUAAAAUCUAAAGUUGUGAUCCAAUGAAAAAAAUAUAGAAACCAAUGAAAACAUCAUAUCAUUAUCAUCUUUAAUUACUUGUCAUUCGUUGCAUUCGUGACAAUAUACCUUACCAGUGUUAAAAACGAGAGCAUUAAGAAUAAGCCUUGAUAUAUCGUUCAGAAAAUUUCCAAACAACGAAAACAUUACUAGAACACCAAAUUAGGACCCAGAAUAAUGAAGCAAUAAUACAAUAUAGCAAAGGAAGAAUUGACUCGCGGUUUCUAGAUAAGUCAAUAAGAUCUUAAACAUGUUAGCAAAAUUUUCCUCAGAAUUUGUCGAAGUAUGUAUCUCUUUUGUUUUCAGUGA